AUGCAACCUGCGAUGCCACCACCAAGGUCUCCCUCCAGAAACUUUAGGGGGCCCCCAGAUUCCACAAUGGCAUCUACCAUGCGAGGAAAUGCUACCCAUGUCUUGAAGCGAUCUUACUCGACACCUUCAGUGGGUGGUGUAGCAUCAACAUCGUUCUUAGAGUCUCAACCAUUAGCGCCGCAGAUGAAUGAAAAGAAGAGAAAUAAACUAGGCUACCACAGAACGUCGAUUGCCUGUGGUCACUGCCGUCGACGCAAGAUACGCUGCAUUAUAUCCUCAGAGGACCAGAAUCGAUGCGUGAACUGCAUACGGCUCAAGAAAGAAUGCAGCUUUCACCCAGUAGACCAGCAGCAGCCAUAUGAUCAGAAGCUACCACCUCAAACGCCCACUGGAUCCAGCAUCGCGACGGCCUCCUCAUCACCGGCAAUAUCUCGUGGCAGCUCCGUUGACCAAGGGACACAGCGACAACAAUAUCCUGCGAUACCUGUCGCCCCGGUGCCCAGCAUGGGGGCCCCAACGCCUCAAAGCGAAUAUUUUCCACCAGACUUGGAAGGUUCGGCGAACCCCAUGCCAUCCGGGUCAUCUUAUGGUGUAGGGGAGCAGCCUUCUAGAAGCUGGGUCUCUACGGACACGGAUCCAAGCGCAAUGUCGAAACCUCGCGGUCAAAAUAUGUGGCAACAGUCAUAUCAAGGAGAUGUUUCAAUGGGCUUGGGUGGGCAAAUUUCUCCAUACGCAGAUCCAUCAACCGUACCUGCUGCCUGGGCUACUUCGAAUUUUGGACCUGGUAGAAAUGAAAUGGGAUGGAAUAGCGGCAUGCCACCGCCUCCUCGAUCGAUGUCCUUUAGUGGAGAAGUUCUAGGAAGCCAUCAUACUCCUCAGUACUAUCCAACACCACACCAAAAUCCGGUCUACCAAAGGCAGCCGAAUCAGUUUUCUCACAUCUACGCUACUGUGCCUGUUAGCGAAACGGACGAGAACAUAGAACAAGCCAUUGAUCCGGCUAUAAUGGGCACCAAUGUGCCCCCGACAACGCCUAUAGCUUGGCAACAGCAACAGCAACAACAACAGCAGCAGCAGCGUCAACAGCAUCAACAGCAGCAUCAACAGCAGCACCAUCAAGUGCAAGAUACUCAGGUAGGGGGUGCCUAUCGCGGGUGGGAAGGGUAUAGUGGGGAUGAUGGAGCACGUCGCAUGUAG